AAGCCUCUUCUCAAAGGCUGUUUCACAGUGCAAAUAUGCACAGAGCAGCCCUGGUGUAUGUAUAAUAGAAGCUCCAGUCCUUUCUAGAGCUGGCAAAAUGGAUCCCAAAUCUCAAGUCACCCUGUCCCUGCUGCUGUCCCAGGUCCUGCUGUUUGCCUUUGCUAGAGAUUUUGACUGUAUCCCAGGAUUUCAAGAGAAGAUUUACUACACUGAGCAGCAAGCAGACAUUUUGAAGGACCAGCUUCUUCUGAAUGUGCAGUUUGAUGACUGUCAAGGUAAUGAAGAUGUUCAAUAUGAGGUCUCCAACCCAGAUUUCAAAGUGGAACCUGAUGGAUCAUUAAUUGCUUUGAGAAAUGUGACAGAAAACAUACGGGUUUUGUUCAUCAAUGCUCGAUCCCUUCACUCUGACGACAUGGCAGAAGUCAAGAUUCUGGGGAAGAAGGAAAGACACAACUCAAUAAAGAACCUGCUCAAAGCACCAAGACAUCAUGCACUUUUGAGACAUAGGAGAUCAAUUGUGGCACCCCCUAUCUCUCUUCCAGAGAACCAGAGGACACCAUUUCCAAAGAAUGUUGGCAAGGUUGUGGUGAGUGACAGGAUACAGGGAACCAAGUUCCGCCUGUACGGAAAAGGUGUGGAUGAGGAACCCAAGGGAAUUUUCAGGAUAAAUGAAAAUACAGGAGAAGUGCAAGUCACUAAAGCUCUUGACAGGGAGGCCAUUCCAUCUUAUCAGUUACUAGUGGAAACCACAGACGAGAGUGGAAAAACCAUUGAGGGACCUGUUGAUUUGGAGGUCAUGGUUAUCGAUCAGAAUGACAACCGACCAAUCUUCAAAGAAGGCCCAUAUGUUGGACAUGUUCUAGAAGGGUCUCCGACAGGAACCAUCGUGAUGAACAUGCUGGCAUUCGAUGCAGAUGACCCCACAACAGACAACGCCGUCCUCCGCUACAACAUUCUCAAGCAGACACCCGAUAAACCAUCACCAAACAUGUUCUACAUCGACCCGGAAAAGGGGGACAUUGUCACCGUGGUGUCGCCGGCUCUGCUUGAUCGUGAAACAUUGAUAGCUCCUCAGUAUGAGCUGAUAGUAGAGGCUAAGGACAUGGCCGGCAUGGAUGUGGGAUUGAUUGGUACAGCCACAGCCACCAUCGUCAUUGAUGAUAAAAAUGACCAUCCACCUGAAUUUACCAAAAAAGAGUUUCAGGCUACAGUAAAAGAAGGAGUAACCGGCGUCAUGGUUAACCUGACUGUCAAUGACAAGGAUGACCCCAACACUGGAGCAUGGAAAGCCGUCUACACCAUCAUUAAUGGAAACCCCGGGCAGAGUUUCGAAAUUCAUACCAAUCCCAACACAAAUGAGGGGAUGCUUUCCGUGGUUAAGCCAUUGGACUGUGAAAUUUUGGCGUUUCACACUCUGAUGAUUAAAGUUGAGAAUGAAGAUCCUCUCAUCCCAGACAUUGGUUAUGGAGCAAGCUCUACAGCCACAGUUCAGAUCAAUGUGAUCGAUGUGAAUGAGGGUCCAGUUUUUCAGCCUGAUCCAAUGAAAGUGUCAACACAAGAAAACAUACCCAUUGGAUCUAUGUUGUUUACAGUAAGCGCCACAGAUCCAGACACUCUCCAGCACCAAACUAUACGGUUCUCCAUGCUAAAGGAUGAUGCAGGCUGGCUCUCCAUUAACCCAGUGAAUGGAACAGUCAACACAACGGCCCCACUCGAUCGGGAAUCCUCAUUUGUUCACAACAGCACUUACACCUCCCUGAUCUUAGCAAUAGACAACGGUACCCCUCCAGCCACCGGUACAGGAACCUUACAAAUUACAUUAGAAGAUGUUAAUGACAACGCGCCGUAUAUCUACCCAACCUCAGCAAAAAUCUGCGAAGACUCUAAAGACCUCAUCACUCUAGGAGCAUGGGAUAAAGACCUUCAUCCGAACUCCGACCCAUUUAAGUUUGAAUUGGGGAAACAAUCCAUGUCAGAUAAAACCUGGAAAAUCACACAACUCAAUAGUACCCAUGCACAAGUCAGUCUUCUACAAAAUCUGAAGAAAGCCAACUACAUUCUCCCGGUGGUGGUGACAGAUUCGGGGAAACCUCCAUUGUCAUACAGUGCUGACGUCACGAUUCAAGUGUGUUCCUGCAAGAAGGGCAAAGUAGACUGCAGUUCAGCAGAUGCCCCACACAUCAGCAUGGCCGUCGUCCUCAUGUUUACAAUCUACAGCCUAUUGUGUCUGUGAGCACCGGGAACUUUCAACACUGGCUAUCACAUCGCCAUGGAAACACGAAGAGGGGAAAGUAAAAAAAAAAAAAAAAAAAUGUUUAUCCGAAGAUUGCAGUAUACAGUUCCUUCAAGAUCGGGCCUCAGUUCCUCAAGACUCUUUAAUUUGCAACCUCAAUUAGUCUAUAAAAUGGUACACCAGUCCUUGACAGCCUACGAUUCUGCAUUCUUUGUAUUAACGGAUCCCUGCCGGAGAUAUACCAGUGCUUACGAGAUUUUUUUUUUCUUUUUGCCGAAAAGACAAUGAGACUAUUGUUAGGACUACUACUGCUCGAGGCGGAACACACUGAUCCUAUAGGCGCCUACACACGGUUUGUUUUUACAUUGUUGUACCGAUUAUCGAACCUAAAAGAGUUUGUCUGUCAGAUUUGCGUGUACGUGUGCUUCAUUUUAACACAGACUGCCUCCCCUAAACCCAGACGCAGCUCGUAGGCUGCGAGCGACGCGUUUCGAGGCAGCAUGUUGUGUGCAUUGAACCGAAACACUUUUAGAGAAGUACAGCGAAGGAUUCCUUAAUGGGUUCAUGUUAAUAAGAUUACCAAUCAGUAGUUGACAAGAAGGCAGCAAUGCAAAGCUGGGACAGCGAAAUAACGCAUUAAGGAUACAUCCACAUUGCAAAUAAAAUGUAAUAAGAUGCCACUUAAACACAUUGUAAGCCUGUCAGAAGUAAUUAGAGGGUAUUAACCCCUUCCUUAGCAGAAGACGAUGGUACUAGAAAACCAGUUGGUCAUAAUGGAAGGGAUUGCACUUAAUGGUACAUGCUUCAAAAUGUUGCAUCGAUGAGUUUCCUGCAUCAUGACAACGCCUUUCUCUGCGAGGAUAUCCAAGAGCCUGGCUUCUUUUUGGUGCUUUAGGGUCUGCAAAAUGUUAUUUCUAAGUGGUCUGUGCACUCUUGUGACAUAGAAGGUGUUAUAAGAAUAUGCAAUCGUGUCUUCGGGGAAAAGUAGAGUUUGUCGAGCGCAGUUUACUAUUUGAAUAUCUAUAAAAUUGUAAAAUAGAUGAUAAUAUAUAUAUAGAAUACAGCAGGUGGAAUAUUUUAUAAUGAAAAGCUCAAAGCGAGUCUGCCGCCUGGAUCGACUUCAGCUUUUAUUUUAUUUUGUAGGUAGUGAGAAACAGGUGCCUCUGGCCAUCAUCAACGUCUAUUUACUAGUUAAUGGUCCCAUUUUUUUCUGGGACUGUCCAGCAAACCAGACCGGAAAAGGGGUCAGCAUUUGUUAGAAUUUGCAUUAAAGGAGACUUUCCUGGUCUGUACUGGGAUCCUCCCAAUAGAAGAGAUGGGAAGAACAAGGUCAUGGCUUUUCUUUAUUGCUCUUUUUGUUGUUUUUAUGUAAUUCUAAUUGGAACAAGUUCAAGACCUUAGAGCCAGGCUAGACUUUCCUUCACCCAGGCAAAAACACUCAGUUUCUGUGUCUGUUGACUUAUUGAUACCCCUGGCACUGAUCAGUCAAGAUACAUCCUCCACCUAGCUAGAUUCCUGGAAUGGGAGCAGGUCCAGGAAGCUGAGAGAUGAGGAGCUGCAUCAUGGGUUUAUUGUCUUAACCUCUGACUUUGGUGUUACUAGUUGUUGCUCUUUCUUUGAUUAAAAAGAAGAGGCCACACAAUGUCAUCGACUUACAAGUCAAACCUAACAAGCUACUGUUUAUUCAUUUGGAACAAGAAAAAAACAAAAAAAAGAGCUUGUAAGGGGUAUAAGUUGAAUACCUCCAACAAAGUCUUCAGGUCUAUUAUACUCUGGGGAGCCCUCCCUCUCUAUCUCUCAACCUGGUGUGGACUACCACCCCGAACAAUCUACUGUGUUGGAGACCCCCCUACCUCCAAACAACUCUCCGUAUCUUAGCUUUUUCUUGUGAAUUUGGCACAGGAGGAGCAGGCUAUGAAGGUUACCUCCACUCACACCAUCUCCUGACAAUUUGCCAGUCUGAAUGUGCCACCAAUCACCCGAUGAACAAGCGAUACUCGUUCAUAGGGUGAUCCUGCCGCUCGUGCAGGCACUCUAUUCAUAGUCUCUGGGCGGCAGAUUGUGUGGUCUAAACAGCAAAACCAUGAUUCUGUAUGAGGACGAGGGAUCGCAAAAGCGACCAUGUAAUUGUGCGGUCUCCUUCACUGAACGAGAAGCCGACUGCCGGGAAGGAACGCUUCCUUCCUGACUAUCGGCCGCUGCAUCGCCCCGUGUAGACCCAGCUUUACUCACUACAUACAACUAAUAAAGUAAUAAUUAAAUAUAAUAUUAAUUAAAGGUAAUAAUUAAAGGUAAAGAACCAAUAAGAGUCACACAGUAGGAUAAAAGCUACGGUAGGCAAAAUCUGGGCAGAAGUUUUCCUGUCCUUAAAUAUUAAGCUGUCGAGCUCCAAGUACGAUAAUCAGUAAAAGAGUAGAGAAGCAUCACUAAUGGUUUGUAAUCUACUGUAAUCAGUUUAUCUAAAUGCCUUUAAAAAAACUAUUUCAGACUUUUUUUUAUUUUUUAUUAUUAUAUUUAUGUUCAUACACAACCAAAUUUUAAAGCCCCACCUAAUUGGAAAUUGGAUUUUCUGAAAUGUACAAACGCCUCUGAGCCAAUUACAAGAUCUUACCAAAUUCUCAUA